GCACAACGAAGCCGAGGAGGAGUUCCCGAUCGCGCGCGUCGGGGAAGCGGCAGGGCAGGGCAAUUGGUUCCUCUUCGGCCCAGGUCACCAGGUGAUGCUGCCCAGCGAGGCGUCUACAGACCUCCAUCGGCUUCCCCAACUUCCUCGCGCGGUGAACUUGGAGAAGCACCGAGGGGCGCACUGGCUGCCGUGCCAGGUGGGGGAGCUGAAGGACUCGACGCCCUCGUGUCCCGCGCGACCAGCGGCUGAGGUUCAGCAGAUGCCAGCGCAGGCCCCAGCCCAGGAGCCAGAACAGCAGGCAAGGGCAUCCGGCGGCGGUCCGGGCGCGGACUGCUCCGCCCCGGCGCCGCUGCUGGAGCGCGAGGAGAGCCGUGCAAUUUCGCGCGAGAAGCCCCCUCCAGAGGUAUCGAAGCUCGAACUCGACACCCACCAGAUCACUCACUUGCCUUUUCCGCUCGCGACCAAGUUCGCCAUGGAUUAUUCAUUUCCAGUGAUGCGCAUCGACCCGCAGCGGUUAAAGUCCGCGCCCAACUGCCUGGACAUGCUCAGCGGCGCCGUCUUCGCAGCGACGGAGAACGCCGUCAAGACGCUGGCCGACAACGUCCGGGACAGCCGCACCCACGAGACAGCGCUGCUGAACACCCCCAAGAGGUCCAGCGCCAGCGAUGGAGGCAUCGAGCGGGCGAAGUACGAGGUCGAGAAGCGGGCGCUCCGGUCGCGCUUCGAGCACUGCUCGAACCUGACGGUGGACUUGGAGCACAAGAUCUCGCCGUGCAUGGCCAGGCACGCAACUUGGCCUCUGACCCACUUCCAGGUCACAGCGGGCGGCGGGACAACCUACGAGAGGCUUCGUGAUCGACCGUACCGAAGCCAGGUUUCGGAAUUCGGCGAGUCCGUCUACUACCGGGACUCGCAGAAGGCGCCCGACAUGCCCAAGCUUGACGACAGGUGGAUGCUGGGCGCGCGGCUCGGCAAGAGCUUGGCCUCCUCCGACGAGCACUACAUCGGCACUCCCGCCGGGGCGCGCCGAUGCUUGUCCAUCUGGAGGCGCCCAGAAAGCGCGCGCAGGAACAGGAAGAUCUUGAAUUCCAUGGUCGGCGAGCCCGAGAAUCCCAAGGGCGCUGGCGAUGCGCCGAAGGCGGCUGCUCCGGGGGGCGUCUACAUCACGCUGGACAGGCAGAUCCAGCACGGCGGCGCUACAGGAUACCCAGCGCGCUCUGGACACGCGAAGGCGCACUCGCAUCAGUGCCAGGAACGCUUCCAGGAAAUCAUGGACAGGGAGUCUCAAGCCAAGGCGGAGGCCGCGUCUGCGGGUUGCACCGCGCCGACGGGGCCGCAACCCGGAGCAGGAGCGGCAAGCGGUUCGGCGGCAGGCGCUGCCAGGCCAACGUCGGCGUCGGCGGCGGGCGUCGCCGCCCCCAUGGAGCUGAUUGGGGAUGCGAGUGGAUCCGAUCCCUCCCCCGACGCCUCCCCAUCUGAUGGCACGCAGGUGGGCGCGACCACCGACGGCCGGAAGAAGCAGGAGAUCUCGGCCUGCAUACCGACCGUCCACGCGGAGGAUCCUGAGUACCCCAAUUUGGUCUACGAGGGGCGUGUCCACGAGCUCGCGAACAUAAACAGGCUCGGCGUCGCUGGGCCGAUCUCCAUCGCGGAUGCUCGUUUGCUCGGCCUGGAAAUCGCCUACUCCAAGUGGUUGGAACACGAGAGGCCGACCGCCGAGGACGAGAGGGCGGCGCGGCGCAGGCUCGUGGCGACGCAGGUGAACACGCGCAACCAGGAGGACGUGACCCGGGCCACGCCGCCGAUCGAGGCGCCCAGGGUGAUCGCGAGCACGGUGGUGGUCAUUCCGCCUCGCGGCCCGGCGCCCCCCGGCGUGGGCUGGCGAGUUCUGAAGGCCGCGCAUGGGACGCACGAGGCCAGCAUGCGCCGGCGCAGUGAAGCCACCGACACCAUGCAACUCGAGGGCGCCAGGCAGGUCGCAGUGGUACCCAUGAUGUUCGUCUCUGACAACUUCGGGUACACGACGUGCUGCCACGGCGACGACUUCUUGACGGCAGGCACGGCUGCCGCCUUCGAUGAGUUCGACCGGGUGUUGACGAAGAACUUCGAUACCAUGAUUUCGCCUCGGAUCGGACCGCUGGCGCACGGCGGCGAG